AGUUUGAGCAGUACUGGGGGAGCGUAUUAGGCGAUUCUACGCAUCGAGGUCACAGUAGUAGCGCAUCGUAGAACCCCCCGAUAUGUACUGAUACCACCAUACCGAGUGCCCUAAAGUGUGCUGUAGAAUUUAGAACUUCAACCUCAUCACCCAACAACACAAUGGGUGCUCAGGUUAGCGCAUAUGUUAGAUUACAACUGAAUUCUUCAACCUUGGAAGACCUGCUCUCCGAUGACAAGUUUGUUGGAGACCUUGAACAGGAACUCGUUGGGUUGGAGAGCAAGUCACAGAAGAACCUUGAGAAACUCCUCAAAUGUUGCCGAUCCCCAAAUUCAUCCGCAAAGAAAGACCCGAACGAUAUGUCGACCAAACUUCGGCCGUUAUGGGAAAUACGGCCGGAAGACGUCGCCAUCCCCUCAGAAAUUGCAAACGCCUUUAAGGAAUGGAAGUUAGACCAUUUGGCCUUCCUCCGGCGUAAAUUUUCCUUGGGACUCCAAGUUCCUUCGUCUCCUGACGAGCACUACUGUUACACUCUCAAUGUACAAGCUUCCCUUGCCUCUGACAGAAUAUUGAGGAGAUUUCUGACAACCGUUUACUACGACCUUAUUUCGAAGCAUUCCCAGUCUGAUCGGAAUUCUAUAACUAAAGUGGGAGUUGAAUUCGUUGCCGCAGUCAUUUGCAGAGCAGGAUCAUACAAUAACGAGACCGUACAGAAGUAUGUGAGCAGCUGGGCGAAAGAGGGAGGAAAGUUCCAUGGCCUAGCUGAUGCAAUGGACGGUCUUGGGUGCUACUUCUUCCUCCCGGUAAAAGUCAGUGACUGGAUCUGGUUGAAAUAUUUGACUCAAGAACAUCACGAAAGUGCAAUCACCUUACUUCGAAAACAUGGCAUCAUAGAAAAGGCCAGGGAACAAGGCGCACAGAGCCUUGCGACAAAAAUCGAAAGGAGUUUGCGAGCACCAUUUGAGGAAGCCAUUUCACUGACGUUGCAAGUGCGCCAACAGAUUGUACCGGUAACGGCAAUGGCCCUUGCACAAGGAGUAGACACCCUACCAGGCCGCUCACAAAUCUCAACGAACCAUUCGCAACCACCAGCGGAUCCGUUGCAACCAUUGACCUCCUCACCAUCUCCAGGUGGUCAUUUGCAGACCCCAGGAACCUGUCCACCGGCGUCCCCUUUGUAUUCUUCGGCGGUCCAUGCUUCACCCUCUCUAGAGAUCUCUCCCCGACCCUCAGAGGUGGGACACUGGAGUGGAAACACCAACAUGCAUAGACCUAAACAGCUAAUGCUUGGUUAUAAUCAAGCAAAACCGAACAAUUUACGGAAUAACGCGGAAGAGAUUAAGGUUAUGGAUAUAAACAACACGCCAUUAAGCAGAGCGCUUAAUAGUUUCAGCGGAUCGAACUCAAACGCUAUACCAAGGCUAGCCGCGAAUAGUUUAAUCAAAAUGCAAUAGCCUCCUGCAUUCCGUAUACCAUAUCUCGAAAACCUCAAGUAUAAGCUCUUUAAUUUUUACGUGAACUACAUUUGCGUUGGUCGAACAGUUCUCAGAGAUAAUGCAUAUCUAAACGAGUUCCUGCCA